AUGGCCCAAGAUGCGGGCGAAGUUCGAGUCCAGCCUCCUGACUCCAGCCUACCCCCGGGCGAUCCGCUGAUGGAGAAAUCAUCCGCCGCAGAAUGGACUUCGUCGCCUUCGAACCAUUUCCCCAGCGGGCAAAACAACGAUAGCCCUUCCAUGGAUCCUCUACAUACCGAAUCGAAGGAUAAAGCAACGGCUUUAUCGCCAGUAUUAUCGGAUCAAGUGGAAGAGAAUGCCGGGCCUAGUCCAACAUGGGGAAGCAAACUGCGGACACUGCCGGCCUGGAUUCGAUCCUUUGAAUACCCACCCGAUGAUGAUAUCGAAGCCAACGCCACGUCCCGGCUAUUACCUUCCCAACCCAAUGAUGCUCUCGUCGCGCAGCACAAUCACUCGCCGUACGCAACAUCCAAGCAGUCCGGCUAUUCGACUCGUGGGGGAAGCCUUGAGGUUGAUCAGGAGCGAGAAUCACGGUGGAAGAAUUUUUCCAAGUCCACGACAUAUCCUCGAGAAGCCGGUGUAGAGGAAAAACUCGUGACACCAGAAUGGCUGGCAGAGAAUUAUGCCGAUUACUCGCAACCCUGGCGCGGGCAGCUCGAACCCGAUGAAAACUCCGACGAUCCCCUCAAGAAGAAACGGCGACGCGAAAUAUGGUUCAAGCGCUUCCACAACACCCUUCUACAGAGUCCAAUUGUGCCUCUGAUUAUCCGAUUGACCGUGUGGACAUUUUCCCUAGUAGCUUUGGCCCUUGGUGGCUCCAUUCAACAUCUUUCGGGUGAUUUCCCCCGACACCAAGGACCUUCAGCCUUGAUGGCGAUCAUUGUGGACGCCGUUGCCCUGGUUUACCUCAUUUACAUAACCUGGGAUGAAUAUACAUCUAAGCCGCUGGGGCUUCGCUCUCCAGCGGCUAAAGCACGACUCAUUCUUUUAGAUAUUUUCUUUAUUGUCUUUGACUCGGCCAACCUAAGUUUAGCUUUCGCGUCUUUAUCGAGCGCGGAAGGCGCAUGCACUGAAGCAGAAAUCAACCAAAUGUUGAUCCCUAAGAACGACAAUAUCUGUCAGCGCCAGAUAGCUCUGGCUUCUGUUCUACUAAUUGCACUCAUAGCUUGGCUCAUCACAUUUGCGAUCAGUGUUCUCAGACUUGUCGAGCGAGUGUCAACGAAGUAG